AUGCACGGGUUUACAGACGACGAGUGCCAGUGCUGUCAGGUUUGCCUCAAAACUAAAGGAGAAACUUGUGGUCCAAAUGACAAGUGCGCCAAAGGUCUCAAAUGCCUGUCCCCACAGCGCUUGGACUCCAUAGACACUAAUUUAGUGAACAGUGACCAAGAGAUCGGUGUUUGCGGAGCACUCAACUGCACGGGUGUUAUCUGUGAAAAUACCAGUGCUUUCAAAGAGAUCAAGUGUCCCAAUGAUAGCUAUAAGUUGUUGAGCGCUACGAACAACUCGUGCUGUCACACUAAAUGUGUAUGCCUUCCGGACAUAUGCAGUGAUUUGCAAACCAUUUGUCCAAAUAAUAAGAGACCGCAUAUCGUACGACCCGGUGAUGGCAAACCCGGUUCGUGUUGCGACCAAAUUCACUGCAUUGAGGCGCCGACAAAAUGCAUUCAUAAUAAUAAGCAGUUUCUGAAUGGAGACAAAUGGAUGUCCGAUAAGUGCACGACCUGUGAGUGCAGGGAUGGCCUGUCUUUCUGCUAUAAGAAACAAUGCAAACAAUUGGUCCAAAAGGACUGUAAUGUGAUGACUGGCAUUGAGGAUGAGUGUUGUCCCAUAUGUCAAGGUUUCCAGAGAGGAUCGGAUGGCUGUCCUAUAUGUCAGUGUCUAACACUUCAAUAUAAUCUCAACCGAAACAACAGUAUUACUAAAACGGAGGACAGUGUCUGCAAUCUAACCAAUGGUUCGCUCGUAACAAACGGUCUCUUUUGGAGCGAUGGCUGUCGGGAAUGUUUCUGCAAUUCCGGCAAAAUUAUGUGCACUGAACCCAACUGUCCACCCAUUCACUGCUCAACUCCUGUUUUUAUUACAACCCAGUGUUGUCCCAUAUGUAUCCAACACUUCAAUCAAGUUAAUGCGAUGUCAACCAAAACAGCGGUGCAAUGACUUCGAGUCACAUUCACUCUCAUCUAUUCAUAACAGCAAUCAUUUUAACACUUAUUAUAGCGAUACUAUUGUUAGGAAUAUUUAUAUUACUGGCGAUAUUUAUCACUAAAAAAUACCCGCAAAAAUAUAUGCGAAACAGAGUUAUAAAUGGCUCGUUAAGGGAGAGUGGGAUCAUUCACUUGUGGCCUAACACUACAGACCCGACACAGGCCUCACAAACACCAGAUAAACAGUUGCUGAGUGUCGGCGUCGGAAA